AUGGGUGGCCGGUCAGAGCGCGGUCAUGGCAGAAGUCGCUCUAGACGCGAUCGCUAUCGCGAUGACCGGGGAGAUCGAGAGCGAGACCAUCGAGACCCUCGAGAUGCUCGAGACGCUCGAGGCCGAGACGCUCGAGACCCUGGAAGAGAGCGAGAUCGGGAUGACUUGCGACGUGGAUCCCACUACCACAUGGGCUAUGACGCAGAAAGAUCUCGUGCAAGGCAUGACAGAUACCCUGAUCGAACUUCAGAUCGGGAGAGAUAUCCUCGUGAGAGUGAAAGGUACAACCUACGUCAAAGUGAACGAGGUGAACGAGGGGAACGAGGUGGACGGGGACGAGGUGACGGCUGGGAUGCUAAUAAUUCCGACCGAGGACGCACUGGCAGAGGCCGCCCUCGAGAGUCGACUCGAGAAGUCUUUUUCUCUGACAGGAGUGCUCCAGAUGUACGGGAGUUGCGGGACCAUGGAGGCAGAGCCGAGGCGGAACAUCGUCCUGAAAUCCAGCGCCGGAAUGAGGUCAAGCGGCCAAAGAGGCUUUCCGGUGCAAACGAUGUGCAGCUUGGGGAAAGGAGAGGAGGUGAGCGCCAAAGUCAGCGUGAUCGGCCCCAAGAAACUAGAUGGCUCAGCCACAAGAAGGACGACAAGGCUCAUCCAGAUGGACAAAACAUUCAUCAGGAGCAGGACGCGCUGUACCAGCUGUGGUAG